GGGGAAAUCUUACUUGAUAACUCUUCAAUAGGAGAUUUGAAACGUGUCAAAGAUGGCUGCGCCCUGUUGGUCGAUCUUUUCACUGCUGUAUUUAUUAUUUGCAUUAUUGCUUAUUCGAAGUGUGUCAUUAGAUAAUACUGAAUCGGGCAGUUGCAAAAAAGAUGAUUCUAAUGAAAAGGAUAGUUCAUGUGGUUGUUCAACCAGUCGCCAACACUCGGAGAAUGAAAAACCGGUUGAGAAAGAUCAUGAAAAGUUGAAAUACUCUCAAAAUAAUGCUCAAAAUGUUGAAAGUCCGUAUGUAAGAACCAAUCAAAUGGUACCAAUACCUGCAGGAACAUUUACAAUGGGGACAAAUAAACAAGUUUUUGUUGCAGAUGGUGAGGGACCUGCAAGAAAAGUCACUCUUAAAAAGUUUUACAUGGACAAGUAUGAAGUCAGCAAUUCUGAGUUUGAACUAUUUGUGAAAUCCACCGGAUACAAGACAGAGGCAGAGUCCUUUGGUAACUCAUUUGUAAUGGAAAUGUAUGUCGACAAAAAAGUUUUGGAAACAAUAACACAAGUGGUGGCUGCAGCACCCUGGUGGGUUCCUGUAAAUAAUUCCGACUGGAGACACCCUGAAGGUCCAGGGUCAGAUAUAAAACACAGGAUGGAUCAUCCAGUUUUACAUGUAUCAUGGAAUGAUGCUGUAGCAUUCUGUAAAUGGGCAGGCAAACGUUUACCAACAGAAGCUGAGUGGGAAUAUGCUUGUAAAGGUGGCCUUGAUAACAGAUUAUAUUCCUGGGGAAAUGCAGAACAACCUAAAGGUGUACAUUGGAUGAAUAUUUGGCAUGGUGAAUUUCCUAAAACAAACACAGAAGAUGAUGGAUAUGGGGCUACUGCACCAGUAACAGAGUUUCCUGAACAAAAUAAAUUUGGAUUAAAGAAUAUGAUUGGAAAUGCUUGGGAGUGGACACAAGAUUGGUGGGAAGUUAAACACACAGACACACCGAAAACAAAUCCUAAAGGACCGUCAAAAGGGACUGAUAAAGUCAAGAAAGGUGGAUCAUUUAUGUGUCACAAGUCAUAUUGCUACAGAUACAGAUGUGAUGCUAGAAGUCAGAAUACAGUAGAUAGCUCCGCCCAUAAUCUCGGCUUUAGAUGUGCUAGCGAUAAUCUACCAGAUUAUUUACAACAUUAAAUAUCAUUUCCAGUAUAUCAUGUUCUUGAAAAUUUUCCAUGGAGCAUAUAAAUAGUUUGUCUUCCAUCUCAUCUUUCUAUUAAUUUUUUUUCCCAUUUUUCAUUGCAUCAUUAUUGUCCAUUGACUGAAAUGACAGAUUUUGUAAUGUGAAGGUCAUUCUCAUUAACCUUUUGGUGGGGAUAUUAGGUCAAGGUCAGUGAGGCUUAAAACAGAUUUUCUUCUUUUCUUCAAUUUAGCUAAAAAUAGAUUUUCUACUUUUCCUCACUGAAGAUAAAAACAGAUUUUCUAUUUUUCCUCACUGAAGUUAAAAACAGAUUUUCUACUUUUCCUCACUGAAGAUAAAAACAGAUUUUCUACUUUUCCUCACUUAAGUUAAAAAAAUAUUUUUUUCCUCAUCUUUCCUCAUAGUGAAGGAAUGAUUUUAGCUCUGUCAAAGCAACAGGUGGGAUUUAAUUUUAAUGUUAUUGAAGAAAAUGUCUGUUUUUACACAUUUCUACAUUUCAUCUUUAUUGUUGAUCAUUAAUUUUACAGAUUUUUUUUAAUGUGCAAUGUUUUUUUGUUAUAAAUGUAAUAUAUCAAUUGAUAUCAUAAUAGAAAUCCUUAUAAGAUGAUGUACUGUGAUAUAAUGUUACUUUAUUAUUAUAUUUGAAUUUCAUGUACAGGUAUAAUCUAUUUUAAAUUAGGAGAUAAUUGAUAUAGGCAGAAUCUUUGUUUUGAAUAUGCAUUAUUUGUAGAGACCUAUAUACCAUAUAGCACCAUGUAAUUUGGAAAGUGAAGUUUUUUGGGGAUUAUAAUUUGUAACAACAGUUUCUUUGGCAUGGUAGUUUCUCUCCAAAGUGUUUACCUUUCUCUGAUGCUGUGAAUGAUUUUUUAGCAAGGCUUUUUAAAGAACAGGGAGAGCUAUUGAACUCACCCUAAUGUUGGCAUUGCCGUCAUGCUUUGGUUCACUUUGUGCGUGCAAGUUGGUAUCUUUAAAAUUACUAAAGGGAAUGGUUUGAAACUUCAUACACUUGUUCUCUGUGAUUCUUUAACAUGAUGGACACAUGUCCCAUAACUCUUCAGUUACCCUUUUACAGAGUUAUGCACUUUUUCUUGUUAUACAUGUUUCUUAACCCUCAAUCUGCCAAAAAAUUUCCAGAUUCCAUUAUUGGAUCUAUCUGUUAUCAAUUUUUGGGAUAUUAAAAUGAUGUAAAUCUGGAGGAGGGCUACUGUAAUAUUGAACAGCCUGCUCUACACACAUGUCAUUAUGAUGAUACAUGUAUAUCUGAAGAUUUUUUAAAUAAUGAAUAUGACAAAGGUUUUACAAGUAUCUUUAAAGAUAUAGUGCUCAUUAAUAAGUUUGCUGUCUUUUUUGCCUGAUUUCAUGAAUGUGUUUGCUUUCUUACAAAAAAUAAACAUUUGUAGAAACUUUGCAUUUCUUUCUAGUGUAAAUUUGUGUUUUUGAUGCUUUUUGAUUUGUUUUUUUUUUUUGUUGUUUUAUUAAUGUUUUGUUUUUGUUUUUUUUUAUGAAAUCAAACUAACUAUUUUGAAAAACUUGGGUAUUAGAUCGUUGGGUGGGAGGAAUGAAAGAUUUGUAGGAAUAUUUCUUUGUGGUUUUCUAUGUGGUUAGUACAUUUGUAAAUCUGAAUGAAUGGGUUUAGAUCAUAAAUGAUAAAUCAGGUUUCAUUUCAUGUUGUUACAGUUACUGCAAUAACAUUAUUUUGCAUGACAAUAAUAGAAUUUAUAUUUUGGAAAAAAAAGAUUUGAGUCUGUUGUAUUCAAAUAGUGCAUUCAUUUUUGAGUCCAUUGUUAUGGCACAAGUUCAAAUGUACAAUAAUGUGAUUAUAAAGUCCAUCUUGUACCUUCAUGCAGUCCAAUGAAGCUGUUCACUGGUUAUGAUUUUAAUAUUUCCAUGUGUACAAGUUUUCAGGUGUAUCCCUGAUUUCAAGAUUUUUUUUAACUUUUAAAACCCGUCUUUUUUCCAAAUAAAUAAAAUUUUCAUGAGUUCAGCUUGAAUGUAGUCAUGAAAUCUCCUACUUAAACAGUAAGCUGUUCCAUAUUUAAAAUAGAACAAAUCUAUAACAUAAACUACAAUAGUGUUAAGAUGAAUGUAUGUAUUGAUUUAUAAUACUAUACGUUUGUAAUGUCGCUUUUCAUUGAAUAAUCAUGGCGUUAAUAUAAUUUAUAUACAAGGCUGCUGUCAAUUUAUGAAGUAAUUUCAUUAUUUUCUGUCUAGCAUUGGAAGUUUGUAGUAUUUUAAAUUUGUAAUAAAGAUUCUUGACAGGUUAUAUGGCUGUAUAUAAAUGGUUAUUUUUGCAGUAUAAACCUUGCGUAACCGCUUCGGUUAUAUAUACUAACAACCAUUUACAUAGGGCCAUAUAACCUGUCAAAAAAAAGUUUUAUUAUUAAUGAUAUUUGUUGAUCUGACAAAUUGUCAUAUAUUCACCUUUGUCAGAUAAUGUUUUCUUCUCUAGUCUUGUGUUGUUGAUUUCCUCAACAGAUCAUCUCUACACAAUCAUGUAUCCACGUACUAUACAUGUAAUAAGGUAAUGAUUGUGUUGUAGUGAUCUUGAACAUAUAUCUGUCCAUAUAUCAGCUUACUAUCUAUAUGAUAUAAUUAUUUUUCUGCCUAUUUAUAUGAAUAAUGGAAUAACUACAUGGCAAAAAUUAAAUAUUGUAAUGACACUGUUUUUGUAAAAUAUUUGUAUAUUUUUGCAAGUUUGAGAUACAAUCUAUGGAUAUUUUAUAUGAUAUAAAAUUAUCUUUGCUUGUUUUCGAUUUUUUUGUUUUUCUUUUUUUUUUUGGGGGGGGGGAGAUAAGCCCACCCUACUACAUUACACCACCUUACUGAAAUAUCCCAACUACAGCACAAAUAUAUUAUACAAGAUCUUUGCACCUUUGUUUUAUUUUGACUUGAAAUGCAAGAACAAGAUUUAGAUUUUGCACUCAUUUUCUAUAGCCCCCAGAUGAUUUGCCCACUUCAAAAUUUUUUGUCAACUUUGUUUUAAAUAUUAGCAAUAAAAAAGUAACCAAAAUAGAGACAGACCAAGUUUUAUUAACAUGAUAGUUAUUUUUCUAUUUCAUGUUAACAUUUGCGCCGCGCCAUGACAAAAUCAACAUAAUGCCUUUGCGACCAGCAUGGAUCCAGACCAGCCUGCGCAUCUGUGCAGUCCGAUCAGGAUACAUGCUGUUCGCUUGCAAACCCUGAAACAAGUAGAGAAACUGGUAGCAAACAGCAUGGAUCCUGAUCAGACUGCGCGGAUGCGCAAGCUGGUCUGGAUCCAUGCUGGUCGCAAAUGCACUCUGUUGGUUUUGUCAUGACACGGCUCAUUGCUUCUGUAAAACAGAAUGAAAUUUUUUUUAUAACUUUAUUGCUUUGUACAGAUUUAUAAACUGUUGUUAAUUAUACUCAAUGCUUGUACCAAAUUGUUAAAUCUUUUGUGCAAUACCAAAAAAUUGUAAUUAGCUUUAUUUUACUCCAAGACUGUCAACAUUACCAUGGAGGAAAUAGGAAUUACUUGCAUACUGGGUACCUGCAUGGCUGAGUGGUUAAGGUCUCUCAGUUGGCAUUACAAGCACAUCUUUGCUGCUUGUUCAAAUACCAUAAGGGACUUGGAAUCUAUUAUGUGUGGAAGCUAUACUGAUUAAAUAAUUAUGGAAGGUUGGUGGAUUUACCCAAGUUUAUGCUCGCAACUGAUUAAAAUUGUAAUGACUGUCACUCUAUAAAGAAGUUUCCCAAGUGGGUUCUUGAUGACUGAAAAUAGACUUCUUAUAUGAGCCGCAUCACAACAAAACCAACAUAGUGCGUUUGUGACCAGCAUGGAUCCAGACCAGCCUGCGCAGUCUGAUCAGGAUCCAUGCUGUUCGCUUACCAACUCUAUUACAAAUAGAGAAACUGAUAGCCAACAGCAUGGAUCCUGAUCAGACUGUGUGGAUGCGCAGGCUGGUCUGGAUCAAUGCUGGUCGCAAACCCAUUAUGUUGGUUUUGUCGUGACGCGGCUCAUAUAUGCAUGCAUACAUAUUGCAUCCUCGCUGUUUUAAUUCCCUCGACCCAUCAACAAUAAGAUAGGGAGAUAAUAUUUAUUUAGGCUUUCUACCUGCCAGGAUGUUACAAAUCAUGUCAUCUCCAUAACCUUGUCAUGUCUUGAUGGAUUUUGAAAAUACUUUUGUAGAAAUUACACCAUCAUUGUCCUAUAUAAGUAUGGUGUGAAAAUCCAGGUCUGUUGUGAUAUCACUUACUACUCAUCAUUAUUGAAUGUUCAUCUUCUUUUGCAUACAUUUUAUGUAAUACAAACAGGGUAUUGGAAUGAACCUUAUAUACAUGUAUAUGGUAAAAUGGGACCAGAAAACAUGUGUUUUUUGUUUUGAAAAUGUGUUUUUUGAUUUGAAAAUGUGUUUUUUGUUUUGAAAAAUAAUUUGUAAUUUUAACCUUUUUCACUGCCAGAACUCUUAAUUACAAUUAGCUAUAUACCUAUAAUUUUUAUCCCAAAAAAUUACUUAUACAAUUCAUCGGACAGAAAAAUCUGUAUUAUGUUAGUGACAAUACGAUACCAUAUAUGGAAAUGCUGCACCUAUUUUUACAAUGGUUUCCAUCUUAGCUGUGGAUUACAUAACAUUUUGGAACAAAAAUUGAUAUUGCUUAGGGCUUGGCCUUUAAUGCAAAAAAUAUAUAUAUUCAUCUGUCAUUCAUGAAUUUUAUUUUUUGAAUGAUUUAUUUUUGUUUCUGAAACAACUGUCAGCACUUUAAAGAUAUAUUUAUAAUGCUCAUCCAUGAGUAAAAUAUUUUUAUCACAGAAAUUUAGUGAAAUCUAUGAAAUUCUAACUGAAUAUGUCUAAUAUGAAUAUAAGAAUGAAUAAACUAUGUAUAGGAAGCUGUGUUCCCUAUUACAUGUCAAGUAAAGUUGGUAUUUUCUUAAAAAACUGCCAGUUUUUUUUAAUGACACUAUAUAAUGACACUAAUAAUAGUGUGGAGGAUUUUAACAUAACAUAUCUACUUUGUGUAAAGUCAAAACAUGUUUAUUUAAUAUUCACAAAAAGACUGUGUAGCAAUUGUCAAUAUUUUCAUAUAUCAAAUUUGAGCAUAGUUUAUCUUUAAAGGUAAAGAAUAAAAGCAUAAUUAUGUUAUAGUAGCUUUCUGAGGCUGUGUAUUUUGUAACUGAUCGUGACAAUUUCGGAAAUUUUAUGUUAAUUUUCUGACGCUGCUCAUUGCAAAAUACAAAGCUAAUAGGAAGCUUCUACAACAUAACAUUCUGUAUAUAUUCACCUUUGUCAAAUAAUUAAGAAAUAAUAUCGGUCUUAGCGGUGUUUAUCGGCUAUUUAACACCAGUUUGAGGUUUUGAUGCCUGAGUGGUUAAUUUUUUCGCAUCAAAACGACAAAACCGGUGUUUAAUAGCCGAUAAACAUUCCAAUCAUGUUAAAAAUUUAAAUAUGUGUUAUCUCUACGUGUUGGUAUGGGCAUUGUGGUAAAAAAUGGGCAACUAGCCAGUUUUGUGAACAAGCCUUGAAGAUCACAGCAAGAAACUUAAGAGUUACUUAAGAAUUAAAAAUUUCUUUUUUUUUCUUUGUUCAAGGGGAUAAUCAUACAGGUAGAUAUAUGUAUAACUAUAGUCUCUUUGUUUUUUCUAGGUUAAAUGACGUAAUUUUUUUUAUUGGGUAGCUUUGUUUUUCCAUAGGGUAUUGCAUGUAUAUUUAUCAAUUAUUAUUAUAAGUAAAGGAAAAGGAUUUUUCUUAUAAGGAAUAUUGUGCUUCCAUAUUGUAUAGUAUAUAUACAUAUGCUUAAGGGAUAUUUAGCAAACAUGUGUUUAAAUGUUUAAAAGUUUGAGGUUUUCUCUAGGUUUUAUUUGUUUUGAAUCAAUAAUUGCAAUUUAUUGAUCAUUUGUGGAAAUGUUACUAUCUUUAUAUACUUUAUAUGGUUGCUACAAAUAAAUGUUUAAAAAGAUUUAACAGAUUUAAAAUAAUGUCAGUUAUGUUGUUUUUACCAAGAUUGUUAUUUUUCAUUUUAAGUGUACUACUUAGUUUGUAUUCUUAAAAUGAGCCCAAAACUUGCUGAAUUUCUUAAUGGACUUGACCAGCAAUAAUUGUUGGAACAGUCUAUUAUCAAUUUAAGGGAUAUCAAGAUGAAUAUUUAAAGAUAGUCAGUCAACAGUAUAGAGCCUGGAUGUACAGACUUGCCUGGCUUUAUACUGAAUACAAAGGCUAAUAUUUUUUUUUAAUUAUACAUGUACGGCUACUGUGUGAUAAUGAAAGUAAACAAAGUUUGUGUUUGAAAUUAAUAUUUGGGAUAUUUAGUAUAGUCAGAUUACAUAGUGAGUGAUAUUUUGUAUGUAAAAAAAAAUAAACUAACCUUUGAAA